AUGGGUUCUGAGAUUAGGUUUGAUGAGGAGGAAGUGAACAGUAUAGAUCUAGAGGAAGAGAGAGAGCCACCACUGAGAUUGGUGCCUAACUUCUCCAUCAUUCAAGCCGCCGGCGCGUCAGCUGUCAGAAGUGACAGACACACUGACUCAAGGCAAGGCAAGGCUCGCACUCGAGAAAAUAUAAAAUAA